GCUAUAAAUGUUAGACCGAAGGGUUGGUUACUCAGUUACGGCUUAACCGUUGAUCGGGUUGGUUAGUUGCAAAAAUGAGAAAUUUGUAUAUUAUCGCCGUUUGCACCGUGUUGGUCCUAACAAGUUGUAAGGCCGAACAAACCGACGAAGAAAUGAAAGAACGUGGCAAAGAGAUGAUACGGGGCUUAGCUCAAGACUGCAAGGCCAGCGAAGGAGCUACCGAUGCUGACGUGGAAGACCUGGUCGAAGAUAAGAUGCCCGAAACUCAAGUGCAAAAGUGUUUCCAUUCUUGUAUGCAACAGCAAUUCGGGAUUUCUGAUGGCAAGCAGUUCUCGAAGAAAGGAUUUGUUCAGAUCAGUGCAAUGAUGUUCAAGAAGGAUGAAGAAAAACUCAACGUCGCCAAAGAAGUUGCUGAAGAAUGUGACGGCACGGCGAAUGAUGAUCGUUGUGAAUUAGCGGUGGAUAUCAUGACUUGUAUAAGGUCUGGUCUGGAGAAAAGAGGAAUCACUAAAGAUUGAGCAUGAUGUUUUUUUGGUAACUAGUUUUGUAUGAGGGUAACGAGCAUAUAAAUGGAUUGCUUGGUGGCCUUUUCUUGAAAAUAAAACAUUUUUAGUCAAA